GCAACAUUCUUCUUAAAUACUUAUAUGUGUAUUCUAAUCUGUUUUUCCAAGAUCAAGUGCAACUGUUGUUGUGUUGUGGUUAAAUAAAUGGCGCAUUCCUAAACACGCACAGAUAGAGUAGCAAGCACGCAAAGGGUGUGAAGCGCAAGCCUGAACUUGGGAAAAGCUAUUGCCAGAACUCCGAAAGAACAUGAAAAAUAUAUUUAUUCUAAUGUUAUCUAGGUUGAAAGAUAGCUGUGGUUAGAUGUAUUAGCAAUUGUCCUGUAUUCAACUUUGUUUAAUGUGUCUCGCGUCUAAUGGUCAUUUUAGAGCUGAAUUUCUAUAAUAACAGUGUAAUAAUAUUCAGUUGUAAAGAGCCAAUCUUCUACGACAGCAACAUUUGGUAAUCACAAUCAUACGUGCUUUGACGGCUGAUUAUUUUAACUGUUCAUAUGCCUCUCAUUCGUCCUUUUGUGCGUGGAAUUUGCACGUAGCUUUCUCUGAUGAACAGUUAUGACUGUACAUCACGCACUGUGGCAUUUACUCACGCAACAACAGUGCAGCCGGCGCGUAACUGAGGGUUUGAUUGCUAAUGAACUGCUUGUGUGCUUCUUCAUUGUACUGAUGUUAUUCAACAGCACAAUUGAAUAUAAUUAGCCUAUAUGUAUUUGUGUUCUACUCUUAGUAUCAUGUUGGGUCUACUUUCACCACUGCUGCCAGUUGUAAUAAUAGCUUAGGCUAUAGGUUAAAAUUCAGUAGUAGCCUAUUCAAAAUCAGCACUCAUGUUUUGUGUAGGCUAGGCUACUUGAAUAUUCAUUUGCAAUAGGACGUAAACAAACAUGAAUGGAGAUAUUUCUAAUUUGCUGUGAUUGCGCUUUCCAUGUCCGUCUGUAGCGGUUUUCGGAGUCUAUAAUGGCCAAUGCGGGUGUCACCAUGUCUAUGGGGGACAUGCUGGUGGUCAAGGGAGAGGAGGGUGACACCAUCACUGGCCACAAAGCCCAGGUCAUCCUGCACCUCCAGUCAAUUUCUCAGGGGGCAAAUGACGACAUUGCAGAUACAUCUACCACAGUUCUGGCUGUGGAGACGCACCAAGAGGAUAGCAGCACAGAUGGGGAUGAGGUGGAAUAUGGAUACCCCAUUACCUGUGGCGACAGCAGAGCAGUCCUCCUCUACAAGAAGUUUGUGUGUCCAGGCAUUAACGUCAAAUGUGUCAAGUUCAAUGACCAGCUGAUUAGCCCAAAGCAGUUUGUUCAGCUGGCUGGCAAAUCCACUCUGAAAGACUGGAAGAGAGCCAUUCGCUUGGGAGGGGUUAUGCUCAGGAAAAUGAUGGACUCAGGCCAGAUAGACUUCUACCAGCAUGACACGGUGUGCACCAACUCGUGUCGCAGCACCAAGUUUGACCUCCUCAUCAACAGCACUCGCCUGCCCUCCAUGCCCACGCCCACCUCUCCACUGCCAGGUGGUGGCGGUCAGAUGCUGUUCAUGGAGGACAAGUCUGAAGACUCAGGCAGUGUCAUGAUGGAGGCGCGGGCGAGUCAUAUGAUCCCUGCCCAAUCACAGGCCAACGGAGAGAUCAAGAAAGAAGCAGAGGACGCAGAUGAGUCUCUGAGCUUCUGGCAGGGCCUGUCGGAGUUGGGCCUGGUGGGGGAGGUGGUGUCCAGCAUCCGCACAGAGCUGCUAGCCCUGCUGCGGGGGGUGGAACAGCGUGGGGAGCAGGCUCUCCUGCAUCACACAGAUGCAGCGGUUCUGAGCACGCUCACUCAGAUGUUUGGGCUGCUGGACUCUGUCAGGCAGGUUCUGGACCUGCAGCGCAGCAGGACGUCCCAGAAUGAAGAGCUGCUCCACAACAGACUGGACGUUCUAGAAUGUCAGCUGGACAAUCAGAAGAAGCAGCCACUGGACUGGAGGACCCACCCCUCUUCUCCAUUCCCCAUCAUUGUGCACACUCCAUUGGAGGCCACGCCCUUCUCCAGGCCCCCGUUCGGCAAACGGCCACGUCUGCAGCGCUCCGCCUCCACCUCCUCCGCAAUGUUCUCCUCCAGCUCUGCGGCCGCCUCCUCCGGGAGCCCCUUCACGGUGCUGUCCCCCAUCACCUUCUCCCCGGUGGGGCAGACGCUGUCGGUGCCUGGGCUCCCCAUCUCCAGCCUGGCUCAGCUCCCCACCGGCUCCCAGCUCUUCCCCCUCCACUCAGCCUCUGGAGGUUACCGGCGGAAGGCCGAAGCGGUGGGGAUCAGCCCGGCCUCGGGGCUCAGCCUGCCAGGCGCGGCCAACCUGAGGUCUGCGGGGGCUCUCAGUGCCAUGGAGGAGAGACCUCCGUCCAGGGGAGAGAUGCAGGAGAGGGUGGAAAUAGAGGAGGAGAGAGGGGAGUCUGAG